UUGGCGAAAGAAAAAAUUGAAACCAAUUUUGCAUCAAAGGACUACCACCGACUCUGUUUAAGUUCCGUUGACUUAAUCUGCCAUUAGUUCAUUUUGUUCUGAAAGCAACAACCAACAUGGCAUCAUCAUCAGCCCCUCAAGUCAUAACUUGCAAAGGUGCAGUGGCAUGGGGAGCUGGAGAGGCAUUGGUAAUGGAAGAAGUGGAAGUCAGUCCUCCUCAACCAUUGGAGAUUAGGAUUAAGGUUGUCUCCACUUCUAUCUGUUGUAGCGAUCUUGCUGCUUGGAAACAUCAUACCAUAUUUCCUCGCAUAUUUGGCCAUGAAGCAUCUGGGGUUGUUGAGAGUGUAGGGCAAGGAGUGACAGAAUUCAAAGAAGGGGACCAUGUGUUAACAGUUUUCAUUGGAGAAUGCAUGUCAUGUAAGAUGUGCAAAUCAGGAAAGAGUACUAUUUGUCAAGUUUUGGGACUCGAAAGAAAGGGUUUAAUGCAUAGCGAUCAAAAGACGCGAUUCAUGGUAAAAGGGAAGCCUGUUUAUCAUUAUUGUGCAGUUUCAAGUUUUAGUGAAUAUACAGUAGUCCAUUCUGGAUGUGCAGUGAAAAUCAGUCCUCAUGUACCUCUUGAGAAAGUAUGCCUUCUCAGCUGUGGGGUUGCUGCAGGUCUAGGUGCAGCAUGGAAUGUUGCUGAUAUAUCAAAAGGAUCAACAGUGGUUAUAUUCGGUCUUGGAACUGUUGGCCUUUCUGUUGUUCAAGGUGCCAAACUAAGGGGUGCAUCUAGAAUAAUAGGUGUCGACAAUAAUCCAAGGAAGUGCGAAAAUGCUAAAGCUUUUGGGAUUACAGAAGUUGUUGAUCCGAAUUCAUGCAAAGAACCUAUCGCACAGGUUAUAAAGGGCAUUACUGAUGGUGGAGCAGAUUUCUGUUUUGAAUGUGUAGGCGACAGUGAUAUGUUAACCAAUGCAUUGGAGUCAUGUUGUGAUGGAUGGGGUGUGACUGUAGCACUUGGUGUGCCAAGGGUGAAGCCUAAGAUCUCAGCUCAUUAUUCUCUAUUCCUUAGAGGAAGAACAUUAAAAGGAUCUAUAUUUGGAGGAUGGAAACCUAAAUCCGAUCUUCCUUCAUUGGUAGAGAAGUAUAUGAAUAAGGAAAUCCAGAUUGAUGAUUACAUAACACACAAUUUGCCAUUUGAUGAGAUUAACAAAGCUUUCAAUCUCAUGGCAGAAGGAAAGUGUCUUCGUUGUGUAAUCCACAUGCCAAGAUAAUUCCUUUUGAUUCUUGUUUCUGUCAAGAAAGAGGAAAUCAAUAUCCAGGAGUGUGUAGAAUGAAAGACUUUUGCCAGAACUUGUCCUUUAAACAUUGCAGUAACAACUAAAUUUUACUCUUAUAGAUCCUAUAGAUAGAGAGCAUGGACAUGUAGCAAGAUAACUUUUACUCUUCUACAUUCACAACUUGGUCAUAUUAGUACUAUUUCAAACCAAUCACAUUUUCUGCAUUUGAUUGUAGAGAAACAAUAGAAAGGAAAUUGGGACAUUCCUAUCUCUCUCUCUAAUCAUGAUUUUGCAUCAUUUAA